AGUUGAGGAUGUAUUGUUUGUUUUUCUGGAGAGGUAUCGAUGACUGACACUUGGAAUCUGUUGUGUUGUAUGGGGUGAAGCUUGUUGUGUGACACGGGAGCUAAAAAACACUGCAGAGGCCAGCGAGGUCCUGGUGACUCAGGGCUUCCAACAAGAAGAAUAAAGAAGCUAUAAACUAAUUGUCCUUACAUAAGGUUUUAUGACAAUUGUCAUCUUUGAAAAUCAAUCAGCUUUAAUAAAUAUAUAGCUGUUUUAAAAGAUUAUCACUAGGAUGUUUUUUGUCCCAGUGUCUAGAAGAUGUUUUCCCUUACCUGCACAAAUUAUCCUUAUCUCUGUCACCUGGUUUUGCAGUUCAGGACAAAUCUCUGCACCCCCUGACCCUCCCAAGUUAGCUUCUUACUUUGGGACAAAAACAAGAUAUGAACAAGUGAAUCCAUAUCUCCUUGAAAAUCCAUUGUUAACAAAGAUAAAGCAAGAUCUCCUGCCAGGCACUUGUACCCCUCUUCAAAUAGUUUCUGUAAUCAGGCAUGGUACUAGAUAUCCUACAUCAAAGCAAAUUAAAAAAAUGAAGAAAAUACAUAGUUUAAUUCUGCAACAAAGUGAUAGUCAAUCUAAGCUGGUUAAGGACCUACAGAAGUGGGACAUGUGGUACGAUGAGUGGAUGGAUGGGCAACUGGUGAAGAAAGGUGAAGAGGAUAUGAAAAACCUUGCCUACCGUUUGGCCUCUGUUUUUCCUUCACUCUUCACUGCAGAAAAGUUUAAGACGUGCAGCAUGAAGUUCAUUACCAGUUCCAAACACAGAUGUGUAGACAGCACAAAAUCUUUUGUCAAUGGUCUUGUACACACUUACUUCGGUAUUCCUAAAACUCCAGAAGGCGAACUGGAAGAUUUACCAUGCAAGGAGGUAUUAGUCAAUGAUACAUUAAUGCGUUUUUUUGAUCACUGUGAGAAAUUUGUGGUCGAGGUUGAAGAUAAUGACACAGCAAUGCAUCAGGUUGACAAGUUCAAGGAAAGCCCAGAAAUGAUGAAAGUUGUACACAAGAUUUCUGCUCGCUUAGGCGUUCCUGAAAGUGAGCUAACAGCAGACUUAAUUCAAGUGGCUUUUUUUACCUGCUCGUUCGAACUGGCCAUUAACAAUGUUCCACAUUCUCCUUGGUGUGAUCUGUUUGAUGAGGAAGAUGCCCUAGUCUUAGAGUAUCUCAACGAUUUGAAACAAUACUGGAAACGAGGUUACGGCUAUGACAUUAACAGCCGAUCCAGCUGUAGCCUGUUUCAGCAUAUCUUCAUGCACCUGGACUACGCCGUGUCAGAAAGCAGAAGGGCUUAA